AUGGGGGGUGCAAUUUCGUCGCGGCGAGCAUUCUCCGCCUGGGCUGCUUUGCUUCCACUGGGAGAGCUUGGAAGGGGGCCUAAUCCGUUUGCGGAGGGCAUCCUGAGGAUAUUCCCGGCGAACGAGUCGAUAGACGGCAUACUGGUGCACCUGCCAUAUAGGUUUAUAAAGCACAGGGUGCACAGCAGGGGAAUCUACCUGCACGCCAAUUUUGAUGACCUCGAUUCGGUGAUCAAUUUGGUCGAAAUGCAGAAGAGGAUUACCAACUUGCAUUGCAAUUUGAGGAAAGAGAAGGGGGAGUUCGUCCGCACGGCUGCCCACUGGGAAGACGUGCUAAUCACGAACAACUGCGUCAUCCUUGUCCAAAUAAAAUACAAAGACAGUCUGAAGAACAUCUUCAAGUUCAUGGAUUACCUGUACCAGCACACAAGUGCCACUGCGUUGGUCUUUAUCUGCGACAAUUUUUUAUAUGACAAUGAAAUAUACAAUCCACAUGAGGAUUUGAAUACGACGAUUCUGCACGCCAGUGUGCUGACCUACUUGGUGCCAUACGACUCUAUGAUAGAGUACCUGCAGAAGGAUCACUAUGACAGUUACACGUUUGAACUAUUUUGGGGAUUCACCAACAAGAGUGAUGUUGUGCAUAUAAAGUACCACCUCGAUUUUGGGAAAUACUUUAACUACAUUUUCUUUCAUUAUAUGAAAAACUUCCUGCUCGAUUUGAAGGACCUCAUAACAUAUGAGAUUCAUUUUAGCAUUCAUAAAAAUUUUACCAUCGACCCCCGUUUUUGCUUCAUCCGCGACUCCUCCUACUGCAUAAGCAAGCCUGACUAUAUGAACUCCAAUGUCGUGCGCGAGGUGGUGGAGCAGCAGGUGCGCAGUUUGUGCGUCUACCAGUUGACCGCCACGGGGGGCGGCGGCCACGAGGGGGGGGCAUCACAAAACGCUCCACCUAAGGCAUCACCUACGGCAUCACCUACGCCACCUCCAACGGCACCACCCAAAGGCGCUGGACACCCCGCAGGGGAGCACCCCGCCACUUACACACCGCACAAUCGGUUCAGCGAAAAAUUCAUCCAGUACGUAAACGCCCUGUUCGACUUUGGCUUCGAAAACAACCUCUGCUCCAGCGGGUCGAGCGAUUUGUCGAAAAAAUGCUCGGACAAAAUUUUGGGCCACUUGGGGGUACCCUUACAGGAGGUGAACAAAUGCUUUUUAAAAAAUUUCCACGCCUACAUGAAGGACAUGAUAAAGACCAAGUUUUACGUUUACUCGAUCGAGAUAAAUGGGCAGACGUUCAAGCUGAAGCUGAACAAGGAUAUUAGCAUUCGGCUGAUCUGCUCGGCCUUCCGCGUCAUGCCCAAGCGCUGCGCGGACUACUUCGCGGGGGGCGUUUACGGCACCUCCCUUGUGCGCAAGAAGAGCAAGAAGAAGGAGCUGCUGGCCUUCUACAUCCUCCUGCUCCUGGUGCUGUCGCACAUCCUGGGCACGCUCCUGAACUACCUGUAA